AAAGUAAACAGAGGCGACUGAUGUUGUUUAUAACUCGGAAAAGUCAGGAACCCGCGCGUGCAACGGUACUUGGUUGACAGCAGAUGGGAGCCACAUUUAUGAUUAUUACUUUUGAAGCCAUGUAUUUACAUUCCAUUGCCACACUUUCUGUCCACGUUUAGAUAAGGAUAGCACAAAGGAGCAUAAGGUCUUGUCGCCAGUAGAAGCGCAGCUAUUUCAACAGGGAGGGGCGCCAUGGCAUCUACAUCAUAAGAGGGAAGCGGGGGCGGCUCCGAUAGCUCAAAGGGAUUGGACAUUAAUGGAACAGAGUACAACUCACUCCAUGCUGAAGCGCUUCACGUUGCUCUGGUCCACCUCCUGUCGAAGGACAUGUUUCUGUUCCUCCUGGGACUUGUCGUGUUCUAUUACCUGUACCGCUGGCUCAGGGAGCUACCCAGGGUUCCCGACAAGGACGGCAAGUAUGUGUACAUCACCGGCUGCGACACGGGCUUUGGAAACCUCCUGGCUCGUCACUUGGACAAGCUGGGAUUCCGAGUGAUCGCCUCCUGCUACACGGAGAAGGGCGAAGAAGAGCUGAGAAAAUCUUGCUCUGGUAACUUGACCACAACCCACCUGGACGUUCGAUCUGCUGAAAGUGUCGCCAAAGUGGCGGCCAUGAUCAAGGACAAAGUGGACCAGCGUGGCCUGUGGGCCGUAGUGAACAACGCCGGCGUGUCCGUCCCCUCGGCCCCAUGUGACUGGCUAACCAUCGAAGACUACAAGUCUAUGCUGGAUGUGAACCUAAACGGGGUGAUCGCCGUGACUCUGAGCGUCCUCCCGCUCAUCAAGAAGGCCAGGGGCAGGGUGGUGAAUGUUGCCAGUGUGUUUGGGAGGAUUAGUCCCACCGGAGGUCCGUACACUGUCUCCAAGUACGGCGUGGAAGCGUUCAAUGACAGUCUCAGGCUAAAUAUGGCACCCUUCGGUGUCAAGGUCUUGUGCAUCGAACCGGGCUUCUUCAAAACAAACGUGACUGAUGCAGCAAUCCUGAGUAAGAAUAUCAAGUGGUUGUGGGACAAGAUGCCUCAGGAAGUCAGAGAUGACUAUGGACAGGAGUACCUUCAGAAAUCGUUAGCACUCUUAUCUGACAAAGUUGCUAAGCUAUCUGAUGGAGACCUGAUGAAGGUGGUUAACUGUAUGGAGCAUGCGGUAUCAGCUGUUCAACCUCGUACUCGCUACUCACCAGGAUGGGACGCCAAAUUGUUCUGGCUGCCGCUGUCCUACAUGCCAACUUGCGUCUCCAGCUACAUUCUGAGUAAAGAAGCCAUUCCAAUUGCCAAGCCAAUGCAAUAAGUGCACUAUUUUAAUCAUUUUUUACAUAGCUGCUAUUCUACACGACCACUUGCUCUGAUGUUACAGCAGUCACGAAUGAAAAUGCAGUUGAGAAAAUAUUCUUCCCCCCACCCCAGAUUUCAAAACAAUUUGCUUUCUUCCAUACCCGAACAUUGUACUUUUGUUAUGCUGUGCCAUAUAGAAAACCUUAUCUGAAGGGAACAUGUUGAGGUCAACGUACAUGUUCUUCGUGAUAAGCCUGUGUGAAAUGUAAGAAAAACUAAAAACUACAAUUUGGGGUCAGUAAGGCAUGCAUAUUUCCUUGUAAUGUAUAAAAGUACAUGACAAUAAAGCAAGCUACGCUUCA